AUGCAGCUCCUGGGAGUGAACCCCGACGGCGCUUGGCACCUGGGGAGCGAGACCGCAUCCGGCACCGAGCUCUGCGCUCCGGACCCCUGCGGCUGCGCGGCCACCGAAAAUGCUGCCGAAACGUCCUUAAUUCCUCCUGCCCCCAAGGCCCCGGCUGCCCCGGUCCUGCAGGAAAGGGAAGGCGCGGAGAGCUCUGCCCCCCCAGCCAGCCGUCCCUGUGGCCAGCCGGCCAGCAGCAGCCCCGUGGUGCAGCCCCAGCAGCCCCCGGCCCCUGCAGCGGCGGGGGAAGAGGCGCCGAGACCCUCCUACGUGGGGAGCAGCGACACGUCUUCAGAGACCUCGGAGGACUCAGCCAGCAGCCCCUCCUGCCCCCAGGGCCCUCGCUCCAAAGAAAACCUCAAUUACACGUCCUUGGUCUUCCCGGGGAAAGGCCGCGGGCUGGGAUCUGCCAGGGACUACGAGAACGUGAAAACCAGGGCGGACUACGUCAACGUGGACCCAAAGAAAAAGAAAGUGGAUUUCUGGCCCUGUUCCAGCCCCACAGCAUCCAAGUCGGUCGAGUACACCGAGAUGAAGCUGUGACCCCCAGGACGCUGCUGCGGGGUGCCAGGUCAGCCGGGGUGAUGCCCCAAGUCCCCGGCAGCAGCGUGAGCCGAGCUUCCCCCUCGCCUCGGGCAGCGCCUGGCACGGGCUGGCGCCUGCCAGCUUUUAUUCCUUGUAACACUCUAACCGGCCAAUACAAUUUGCUUGGUAUUUUACUUAAAUGCAUCACUGUUCCUGAAGGCUGCUGAGCGUGGGAUGGCGCAGGGUAGUUCCUCCUACCCGGGCUGAAAUGUGCUCUCCACUUUUCUGUGCUGGCCCUUUUUUCUCAUCUCUUGAAAGCAAAUGAAACAUCCCCCCCUGCCUCUCGAAGUGGGAUGUAGUUCUGGGAGGGAAAUGCAGGAGUCUUCAAAAUAUCCACCCAACCUGGCUGGCACCUCUUCUGAAUGAUGCUUUGUUUGCUGAUCACUGACAUAAAAUACUUUUA